CCUAACAAGUGGAUGUGUGUUUCCGUCUUUCUAAGCUUGAAUAAGCCAAAAGAAAUCUCAUUUUAUACGAUAGUUUGGUAACAUAAUCAAGCUAUGGCACCUGAUACAGGAUAAAUCUGAAAUUUGGCACAGCUUGCGCGCAGCAGAAUGCGCCGCCAGAACGUACGUACGCUGUCGCUCGUCGUGGUCACGUUCACGUAUCUGCUUGUGGGCGCCGCGGUGUUCGAUCAUUUCGAGUCUACCACCGAGGAAAACCGCUACUACCUUAUUGAUAAGGUCCGGGACCUGAUGGUGGACAAGUACAACAUCAGCAAACUCGAGUACGACUUCAUCGAACAAGUGAUCAUUGAGCGGCGGCAGUACAGAGGCGAUAACCAGUGGAAGUUCCAGGGAGCUCUGUACUUCGUCACCGUCGUCGUAGCUAUGAUUGGUUACGGUCACUCGACGCCGUCCACGGUGCCAGGCAAGGCUUUCUGCAUCAUCUACGCCGGCUUCGGCAUCCCUCUAGGCAUGGUCAUGUUCCAGAGCAUCGGCGAGAGGCUUAAUAAGUUCAUAUCUGUCGUCAUCAAAAAAGUGAAGCGUUUCCUGGGCUGCGGCAACACAGAAGCCACUGAGGUGAACCAGCUGAUGGUGACAGGAACGCUCUCGGCCGUCGUGAUGACGACAGGCGCAGCGGUGUUCUCGAAGUAUGAGGGCUGGAGCUACCUUGACAGCUUCUAUUAUUGCUUCAUCACACUCACCACCAUUGGCUUCGGCGACUUUGUGGCUCUUCAGAAGGAAGACGCGCUGCAGCAGCCAGGCUACGUUGUGCUGUCGCUCAUCUUCAUCCUGUUCGGUCUGACUGUCGUGGCAGCGUCCAUCAACCUGCUCGUGCUGCGCUUCAUGACCAUCAACAGCGAAGACGCUCGUGCGGGCGACCUGGAGAUGCAGGCUGCGAACCAGUCCGUGGUGACACAGGACGGUGAACUCAUGGCGGUCAACGGUAAACUUCUGUCGGCGAAUUAUGGAGGCGGUACGAUGCUCCAUACACCCAUCACAACAUCCGUGCUCAGUGUGACUACAGUCUGCUCCUGCACUUGCUUCCCUAAACACAGCCAUUACUCCAAGAGCCCGGACACCCGGAACAGAUCGCCGUCCAGGAUCAGCACGCUGCUCGUUGACCCUCAGGCGAUGCUCAACUGCGGCCACAGCAAGUCCUCGCUGCCGUAUGACGUCAUCGAUAAUUUUUUCUGGAACAAAAGAGCCUCCAUUUAAUUAAUAAUGCUAUUAUCAAUGCUUUUUUCUGCAACAAACGAGUCUCCAUUUAAUUGAUUAUGCCGUCAUCAAUAAUUUUUUCUGGAACAAACGAGCCUCCAUUUAAUUAAUUAUGCCGUCAUCAAUAAUUUUUCUACAACAAUUCUAAUCCGAGAUGAUUUACUUAUUAUCUAAAACGAAGCGAUUUACUUAUUAUCUAAUACGAGAUGAUAUUCUUUAGUAUGCCGUCAUUCACAAUUUCUUCUGGAAUAAACGAGCCUUCAUUUACUUUAGUAUGCCGUCAUAAAUAAUUUUUUGCAACAGACGAGGCUUCAUUUACUUUAGUAUGCCGUCAUUGACAAUAUCUUCUGCAACAAACCAGCCUUCGUUUACUUAUGUAUGCCGUCAUCAAUAAUUUUUUUCAGCAAACGAGGCUUCAUUUACUUCAGUAUGCCGUCAUUCACAAUUUCUUCUGGAACAGACGAGCUUCCAUUUACUUUAAUUUACCGCCAUCGACAAUUUCUUAUGGAACAAACGAGCGUCAAUUUAACUUGUAAAAAAUGUAUUGUAACUCUCGCGCAAAUAUAUAUCCAAAAUUAAUACCUCUUAACUGUGUCCUUAUGGUUCAAGGCAUUGAAAUGAAUAUAGUUACCACAUUGAACAAAACUAACAAUAUAUCCUCAUCUUGCACAGAUGAAAAUUGAAUAAAAUUCUAAUGUUAAUUAAAUAAGCAAGUGAAUAAAGAAAAAUUCUGUUACAAGCAGUCUGAUCUAACCCUCCUACACUAAACACUGUAUGCAACAAAGUAAUUGAUCAUGACAUCAUAUAUCGAUUUAGCAAAAAUAUUAAUUCUGUACGAUUGACAGAAAUUGAUUCUGUCAAAACUUUCCUAUGGACCUAUUCUUUGCAAUAGAUCUGCCAUUAUCCAUAAAUUCGCGGUUUUAUAGUCGGUAAAUAAACUGUUGUGUCAUUAAUAUAUUAUAUUUUAUUUUAAGAAACUUUGUACAAUCGAAGCGCUUGCUAAUAUUUAUUGUAUAUCUCACGAAAGACUAAAUUUUAUUGAUAAAUGAACAACUACAAUUUGUGUCGCAAGGACUUCUAUUUUUCUAGCCUCAUAAUUAUUUUAGAUUUGUUAAUAAAUUUUAAUUAUUUUUGGUUGAACAAAUCUUCAACUUGUUUCGUUGAUAAAUUGAACGAACUGCCGAGCAGUUCGGGUGAAUACUAUUGUCAUCAGGGCUGGUUCUGUCCAUUCGUUAUAAUGGUAAUGCAAACGGGUAAAUACUGUUGUGAUUGUAAAUAAAUCGUCAAAUAUUAAGUGUUCCAAAGCAAUGUAUCUUCGAUUGAUUAAAGUAAUUGUUUAAAAUGUACUCUGAAUGGUGUACGUGAUAGAAAUUCCAUUCACUUGAGCAGCGGCUUUACGCUGUUCGCAAAAUAUUUUUUGGUAAUACGGCAACGGCCGAAAAUUCGCUGG